AUGAAGAGUUUGAUACGGAGGCUAGCAAGAGUGGCAGAUUCUUCACAGUAUUAUCUUUCGUUAUUAGAGUCGAGAACGAGACGACGGAGGUAUGCGUCUUUGGAGAAGAACAACGGUGUACUAGAGGGACACUUGCCGGUGUACGUAGGCGAGGAAAUGAAACGCUUUGUUGUGAGUGUCGAGCUUUUGAAUCAUCCGAUUUUUGUAAAGCAUCUGAAUAUACUGGCACAGGAGUAUGGUUAUGAACAAAAAGGUGUUUUACAAAUUCCCUGCAUUGUGUUCCUCUUCGAGCGAGCGAUGGAGGCUUUGAGAAUCAAUGUGUUGUUGUGGCGGUGGCGGCGUGGUGAGGGUGGUCGAAAGUGGUUAUAG